AUGGUGUCAACACUUCUAAUUGUGUGCCUUGUUCUUCCUGUGUUCAUGUUCUUCUUCCAAUACCUUAAAACCUUGAAGAAUCGACACCGUCCACCUGGUCCUAGAGGCUUUCCCAUCAUAGGGAAUCUUCAUCAGCUAAAUAAUUCAGAUCUUUAUCUUCAGCUAUGGAAACUCUCAAAAAAAUAUGGGCCUCUAUUUUCCCUUCAACUAGGUUUAAGGCAAGCAAUUGUUGUUUCCUCUCCUGAACUUGCCAAAGUGGUAAUGAAAGACCAUGACCUCGUGUUUUGUGGGAGACCUAAGUUACUUGGCCAACAGAAAUUGUCCUAUGAUGGGGUUGACAUUGCGUUCUCCCCAUACAAUAGUUAUUGGAGAGAAAUCAGAAAGAUUUGUGUUGUCCAUCUCCUUAGCUCCAUGCGUGUGUCUAGCUUUUCCUCAGUAAGACACUUUGAGGUUAAGCAAUUGAUAAAGAAAAUAUCCAUGCAUGCCUCUUCUUCGAAGGCUACAAAUUUGAGUGAAGCACUCAUGUGCCUCACCAGCAGUAUUAUAUGCAGAAUAGCCUUUGGGAGAAGGUACGAAGAUGAAGGAACAGAAAAAAGUAGGUUCCAUGAGUUGUUCAACGAGUGUCAAGCAAUGAUGGGCAUCUUCUUUUUCUCAGAUUUUGUUCCUUUCUUAGGUUGGAUUGAUAAACUCACGGGACUCCAUGCUCGUCUUGAGCGGAAUUUCAAAGAGUUGGAUACGUUCUACCAAGAAGUCAUUGAUGAACACAUGGAUCCCAAUAGGAAGCCUCCAGAGAACGAGGAUUUAAUAGAUGUCUUACUUCAACUCAAGAAGCAGCGUUCAUUUUCUGUAGAUCUCGAAAAUGAUCACAUCAAAGCGGUGUUCAUGAACAUGCUUGUAGCAGCAACAGAUACCACUGCUGCCACAACAAUCUGGGCUAUGACUCUACUACUAAAACAUCCAAGAGUGAUGAAGAAAGUUCAAGAGGAAAUAAGGAAUUUGGGAGGUAAAAAAGAUUUUCUAGAUGAAGAUGAUACUCAAAAGUUUCCCUAUUUCAAGGCGGUGAUAAAAGAGACAUUGAGACUGCAUCUACCAGCACCACUACUUGUGCCAAGAGAAACAAAUGAACCAUGUACUAUAGGUGACUAUGAAAUUCCAGCCAAGACAUUAGUGUACGUGAAUGCCUGGGCUAUCCAUAGAGACUCUAAGGCUUGGAAAGACCCAGAAGAAUUUUUACCCGAGAGGUUCUUAAAUAAUACUACAGAUUUUCGUGGGCAAGAUUUUGAGUUCAUUCCAUUUGGUGCUGGUCGUAGAAUUUGCCCUGGCAUGACUAUGGCAAUUGCCUCAUUAGAUCUUAUUCUUGCAAAUCUUCUUAGGUUGUUUGAUUGGGAAUUGCCAAAAGGAAUGAAAAAAGAAGACAUCGAUACUGAAGUGUUGCCAGGAAUUGCCCAACAUAAGAAGAAUCCUCUUUGUGUUUUGGCCAAGUUCCGAAGCUAAAAGUAAAUAAAAGUUUAUGUAAUAUUAUCCUGCCCAUAAGUAUAAGUAGGUAAAUAAGGGCUUGUUGAUGUUACAUGGAGUGUUAUGCUACCAGGAAUUGCCCAACAUAAGAAGAAUAUCCUCUUUGUGUUUUGGCCAAGUUUGGAAGCUAAAAGUUAAUAAAAAAAAAUGUAUGUAAUAUUGUUUGUAUCCUGCCCAUAAGUAGGUAAAUAAAGGCUUGUUGAUGUUA